CGCAGAUCGUGGUGGAGCGAUGGUGGUGCAAAGGUGAGAGCGCGCGGCGGGCGGCGCGCCCCGCCGGCGCCGGCGCAUGGCACUCGCACGCACGCUGAGGUGGCUGGUGCGAUGGGUGGUCUGGUCUGCGCUGCUGUCGCUGGGCGCCGGGCUGGCCGGCCACGCUCCGUCGCUGACGCCGCCGCCCUGCCCCACGCAUUGCAUCUGCCUAUCACAGUCACAGGUGGUGUGCAACAGCGCGAGCCUGCGCGGCGUGCCGUCGGCGCUGAGCCCCGCGGUGACGCAGCUGUCGCUGUCGCGCGCCGACCUGCGCGUACUCCGCUCCGACGCCUUCGCGCAUCUCCGCCAGCUCCGCCGCCUCGCGCUCGACGCCUGCAACCUCACGCGCAUCCGCCCCUUCGCCUUCCGCGGUCUGCCUAGGCUGAAAGAGCUCUACAUCCAACACACUCCCCUCGCCACCGUCGACGCGUUCGCGUUCGCAGCCCUACAAAACAUCACUUCCAUCGUCCUAACGCACAACAGAAUCGCACAAGUCGAGGGGUACGCUUUCGCCGGUACUAACUUCAUUAAGUUCAUAUCUCUUAGACACAAUCCGCUUAGAAAAAUACUGGCUCAUGCGUUUUCGGGGUUAAACGACGUGGCACAAAUCGAACUACCUUCCGGCAUUAGAUCAAUCGAGCCGCAAGCAUUCGCGGGACUAGAAAGCGUCGGCGUCUUGGAACUGGCUUACAUGGACUUGCCGGCGCUUCAAGCGGACACAUUUCGAGGAUUGACUCGAGUUGGGAAGCUGGCGUUGCGGGAAUCCGAUCUCGGUAUUAUUCGCGUAGGAGCUUUCGACGGUCUGCAGCGAGUCGACACGCUCGAAAUGUGUAAUAAUAAAAUUGAUAGAAUUGAGGAGCUUUCAUUAGUGCAAAAUAACAGCGUACGUAACUUUAGACUGACCGGGAAUCAUAUGUUGGAAACCCCGGAAUCCGUCAUGUUGGAAGUGGAUAUCUUAGUCAUCCGUGGUAAUCACCUUCCGUGCGAGUGUGGUAGGGAUCCCCUAGCCAAUCCAUUAGCGUUGACGCAGGGUUUCGCGGAGGAGAAUUUUUGUAUUUCACCGCUGAAGGUGCGGGGGCGAAGUUUGGCGAGCGCGGCGGGAGCUGUGUGCCGGGGCGAGGCGGGCGGGAGCGCGCGAGCGCGCGCAGCGGCGGGCACGGGCGCGCGCUCGGCGCGCUCCGAGCACUGCCUGGCUCCACCACACCUCGCGCUCUUUAUCACUGCCUUCGCUUUCCUCGCCAACAGCUAACCGCCUUCCGUGUUCAAGUGGGUACUUACCUUUAUGUACAUAUUGUAAUAUAAAGUACCUAAGUAUAAUGAUGUCAAAUAUUUUACAUUGAAAAGGUCCGUUCAUUGAGUAUACGUUGGACCAUGAUUAAAAUUUGACUUUUCAAAUUUUGUUUAAUUUUUUUCUCACU